AUGCCAGUUUGUGCCGCCAUUGGAUUCUGCAACGCGCCUGGUUGGUCGAAGAUGGUAUCUCUGGCGACCUUGCCCCGCCAGAAUGAGUUGUCUCCACCCGAUAUUGACCGGAGGGCUUCCUUUAUUGCAGCCUGGUCUGUCCAAGGCGCUAUUGGCAUCAUCGUGGUUGCCCUACGUUUUUGGGCACGGUCAAUGCUCAAAACGCGGUGGAAGUACGGAUGGGAUGACUGGAUAAUGCUGUUCACAUUGUUAACAUACCUUGGUUGCACUAUCAUGGUCAUUCUCAUCGGCAUAAAUGGCGGGACGCGUCAUCUUGCGUACAUUCAGCCACCCUCGCAUGCGGUCUACGUUCUUAAGCUUCACCAAGCAACGCAGCCUUUCGGAAUCAUGGCCAGCGGCACGGGGAAAAUAGCUGUGGCUUUCUUGAUCAUGCGCUUCCUACCUAAGACCGGCAAAUGGCGGCAACGUUUUCUUUGGUUCCUUAUCGCUAUCACCUUUGUUAAUUCCGUAACUACGUCCGUUUUCAACUUCACCCAAUGUGACCCCGUCGCAGCUCUCUGGGAUCCGGCGUUGAAGCCCACGGCCAAGUGUUGGGAUCCAGCAGUCAACGCAAACUACGGUAUUUUCGGAGCUGCUUGGGGAUGUGCUUUUGAUCUUAUUUUGGCCACAAUGCCUAUAAGUAUCAUCUGGAAACUCCAGCUCUCUUUGAGAAAACGGGCUGGCAUUAUUGCUCUGCUCGGAUGUGGUGUCUUUGGAGCCGUUGUCACGGCCGUCAAAGCCAACGAGUUGGAAUUGCUUACGAAGAGGUCGGACUUUACAUGGGAAACAUAUACUUUAUACAUAUGUGUAUCACUCGAGCUCUCCGUGAUUAUCCUUAGCGGAUCUAUUCCGACUUACAAGCCGCUUUGGGAUCGCUUCAUCAAGCCUAGAUUGCAUACGAGGGCAAGCAGUGGAUCCUACGCAUCCGACUUCGGGACGGCCGGCGUAUCCAAGAAUCAAAUGUCUCCUAAUGAUUCCGUGCGGCUGAGAAUAGUGCGCAUAUCCAAUUGUGUGGAACUGGUCGUCAGAAAGGUGGAGACGAACACAGCGGACUCGGGCAAGGGCAGGGCCACAGCUCGAAUCAACACCUGA